AUAUAAUAUUAUAUUAAACCGUCAUUUGUAAAUUACUACAUACUUACAGUUGAAUUAAAUCAAUUUUUAUAUAAAUAUGUAAUAUAAUACAUUCAAUUAUCUAACAGCAGUAAGUUUAGGUACAAAAUAAGAAAAAUGUUGAGAUAAGAGGGUAUGCAUUCAUCAAACAAGUUAUCUUAUCUUCAGCAUGAUUACGAUAAUAUAUGUAAGACCAAUUGCAAACAGACUUACCUGAAAACCAAAACAGUUUCGGAUUACCUUUUUCAAACUCAUGACGCCAACAUGACUCGUCGUAUUGUGAUAAUAUUAAUAUCGUUGGAAAUAAUACUAAGUGGAGUCACCGCAGAAUCCAGAAAAGCUAUUGCUCAUUUUAAAUCGGCGAACGUGAGUGGAUCAAUACAAUUUGCCGAAACCGAUGAUGGUAUCCAAGUGACAGGCACUAUCGUGGGACUAGGCGCUGGUAAAUAUGGCUUCCACAUCCAUGAACUUGGAGACGUCAGCAGUUGUGUCGCCGCGGGAUCGCACUUCAACCCUCAAGGUUUAAACCAUGGAGGUCCAGAAAAUGAAGAAAGACACGUAGGAGAUCUUGGCAACAUAGAAUUCACAGCUGAUGGUGUUGCUGUGGUUAAUGUUAGUGAUAAAGUGAUAUCUCUUCGUGGUGCUAACAAUAUUCUGGGUAGGACUCUUAUGUUGCACGAGGGAGAAGACGAUCUAGGGAUGGGAGGUGAUGAGGGAUCUUUGACCACCGGGAACGCGGGGGGCCGAGUUGCGUGUGGUGUGAUUGGGGUUAGUGCGCCGUUGGAAGCCUGGGCUAAUUCAGGUGCUUCAAAAACAUUUGUUUUUGUUGAGUUUAUUUUUACAGCCGUGAGUGCUAGUGUUGUUUACCUUAUUGCCUAUUAAAUGUAUGUGUAUUAUCAA